UGGCAUUAACCCCGUUCGCUAGGGUUUUAGCUGCUCUCCCUCCCUCCCUCUCUUCUUCUCCAACCAACCAGUCAAUCAAUCAAUCGGCAGAUUUGAUGGCAAGAGCUGCUGCUGGAAAUGCUCUGUCUGGUGGCGUGACGGGCGUUCGAAUCGUGGUUGUCGGGGACCGUGGCACCGGGAAAUCGAGCUUGAUCUGCACCGCGGCUACUGAUGCUUUCCCCACGAAUGCCCCUCCAGUGUUGCCACCUACGCGUUUGCCCGAAGACUUCUAUCCCGAUCGUGUGCCGCUUACGAUUAUCGACACCUCUUCGAGAGUGGAGGACAGUGGGAAAUUGGGUGAAGAGCUGAGGCGGGCUGAUGCUGUGGUUCUCACAUAUGCAUGUGAUCAGCCUGCUACCCUUGAUCGAUUGAGUACCUUUUGGCUUCCAGAACUUCGUCGAUUAGAGGUAAAAGUCCCGGUUAUAGUGGUGGGUUGCAAACUUGAUUUGAGAGAUGAGCAUCAGCAAAUUAGCUUGGACGACGUGAUGACACCAAUAAUGCAUCAAUUUCGGGAGAUCGAAACUUGUAUCGAGUGUUCAGCUUUCAAACUAAUUCAGGUCCCGGAGGUUUUCUACUACGCACAAAAGGCUGUUCUUCAUCCUACUGCCCCACUAUUUGAUCAAGAGACGCAAACUCUAAAACCUCGUUGUGUCAGAGCCCUGAAGCGGAUUUUCAUUCUCUGCGAUCAUGAUAGGGAUGGUGCCCUCAGUGAUGCAGAGCUAAAUGAUUUUCAGGUCAAAUGUUUUAACGCGCCUCUACAGCCUUCUGAAAUAGUGGGUGUCAAGAGGGUUGUUCAGGAGAAGUUGCCCGAAGGAGUCAGUGAACACGGGCUUACAUUGACAGGAUUCCUGUUUCUCCAUGCGCUGUUCAUUGAAAAAGGGCGUUUGGAGACAACGUGGACUGUUCUGAGGAAGUUUGGUUAUGACAAUGAUAUCAAACUAGCAGAGAGUCUAAUUCCAUCUUCAUUUAAAAGAAGUCCUGAUCAGAGCGUGGAGUUGACAAAUGAAGCUAUUGAGUAUCUCAAGGGGAUAUUUGACUUAUUUGACGCUGAUGGAGAUGGGGCUCUACGAUCUUCGGAAAUCGAUGACCUCUUCUCCACUGCACCAGAAUGUCCAUGGAAUGAAGCUCCAUACAAAGAUGCUGCAGAAAAAACUGCAUUGGGGGGACUAUCACUGGAUGGAUUUUUGUCUCAGUGGGCUCUGAUGACACUUUUAGACCCAGCUCGGACCCUGGAGAAUCUCAUCUACAUUGGAUAUCCUGGUGAUCCUUCAUCUGCUAUCCGUGUCACUAAGACGAGAAGAUACAAUCGAAAGAAGCAACAAUCUGACAGAAAUGUUUUCCAAUGUUUAGUUUUUGGGCCUAAAAAGGCCGGAAAGUCAGCGUUACUGAAUUCUUUUCUGGGAAGACCCUUCUCUGAUACCUACUCUUCAACAACUGAUGAGCGUUAUGCUGUUAACAUUGUUGACCAACAUGGGGGAGUCAAGAAAACCCUUGUGUUGCAAGAAAUUCCAGAAGAUGGAGUGAAAAAAAUGCUGGUCAAGAAGGAGUCUUUGGCUGCCUGUGACAUGGCCGUUUUUGUUCAUGACAGUUCUGACGAGUCCUCAUGGAAGAGAGCAACUGAAUUACUUGUGGAAGUUGCCAGUCAUGGUGAAAUUACUGGUUUUGAGGUGCCUUGCCUUAUUGUUGCGGCUAAGGAUGAUCUAGAUCCAUGUUCCAUGGCUAUACAAGACUCUACCAGGGUUAGUCAGGAUAUGGGAAUAGAGGCCCCUAUACCUAUCAGCACAAAACUGGGUGAUUUUAAUAAUAUAUUCAGAAGGAUCGUCAAUGCUGCUGAGCAUCCUCACUUGAGCAUUCCGGAAACAGAAGCUGGGAGAAACCGCAAACAGUAUCAUAGACUCGUCAAUCGCUCUCUUAUGUUUGUUUCAGUUGGUGCUGCUGUAGCUAUUGUCGGGCUGGCUGCUUAUCGUGUCUACGCUGCAAGGAAGAACGCCUCCAGUUGAUUAAUGAAGCCUUGUCUAUUAUAUGGCUCUAAUAUCUAUAUGAUCUCUGAAGCAGCUGUUGGCAAAAGCUUUAUUUGGUACCUUUUUUACUGGGGUGUUUGAGGUUGCAGGUUUCCCUCUUCGUCGCUCUUUUAAGUUACCGUCAUCUGUACUUAUGUUACAACCAUUUCCUAGUAGGUUCUGGUAGGCUAGGGUUUAUGGAGUAUAAUGUUUACGCAUGUCAAUUGAAACGAGGUAUUUUCUGCAGCAGCACCUGUGCACUCUAAAGUUUUGCUAGAAAUUUCAGUGAUAUCUCACUUUGGAAUUAUUA